CUACCGGUAAUGUCCCUUCCCUGGGUGGCAAUUUCUCUGGGAUGGGAAAGGAGUCCAGAGCCCAGACGUUACAGAAUGCCAAGCGGAACAUAAACCACCUGGGCCAUCAGCUGCAGAUGAACCAGCACUGCCUGGACACGGCCUUCAACUUCUACAAGAUGGCGCUGUGCAAGCGGCUGACCCGCGGCCGCAAAUCCGCCCACGUUGUGGCCGCCUGCCUCUACCUGGUGUGCCGAACGGAGGGGACGCCACACAUGCUGUUGGACCUGAGUGAUCUGCUGCAGGUCAACGUUUACGUUCUGGGAAGAACAUUCUUAGCAUUAGCCAAAGAGCUAUGCAUCAAUGCUCCAGCUAUAGAUCCCUGCCUGUACAUCCCGCGGUUUGCACACAUGUUGGAGUUCGGAGAGAAGAGCCACGAGGUGUCCAUGACAGCGCUGCGGCUGGUGCAGAGGAUGAAGAGGGACUGGAUGCACACGGGACGAAGGCCCUCUGGGCUCUGCGGAGCAGCUCUGCUGGUCGCUGCUCGCAUGCACGAGUUUCGUCGCACCAUCAAAGACGUGAUCGGAGUGGUCAAAGUGUGUGAGGCCACGCUGAGGAAGAGGUUGAGUGAGUUUGAGGAAACACCCACCAGUGAGCUGACCAUUGAGGAAUUCAUGAGGGUUGAUCUGGAGGAGGAGUGUGACCCUCCUUCUUUCAAAAACGGACAGAGGAAGCUGAGGCUGCAAAAGAUUGAGGAAGAACUCGCUAAGAAGAUAGACGAGGUUCAAGGUGAAAUCUGCGGCUAUCAGGAUGAGAUUGAAAUGGAGCUGGAAUGCAGUAGGCCCAAAGCCAGAGGGAUCUAUGCAGCCUAUGGAAAAAAUGAUGAUGCCGUCUCCUUGGCGUCGUCCAUCUGCACUGAUAUUGAUGAGGAGUUUGAAGAUGAAGAGUUGCAAGCAGUGGCGACUCACAUGAAUAAAAGCCUCUGUAGCGACAGACAGGACAGUGAGGAAGAGGAGGAGCGAGAGAAAGAUCGAGGCACUCCACUCAAACGGCCAUCCCUGGAGGUCCUGCUGGGGCCGCUGCCCACUGCGGCCAGCCUCGGCCUCUCUGAGUCCAUUGAUAAGUGUGUCGGGGAGGAGAAGGAGAAUGAGAAUGAGGACGACGUAACACCUGCAAAUGGUGAACUGGACCUGAACGGGAUUGAUGAUGAUGAAAUUGAUCGGUACAUCUUGAACGAGAAGGAGGUGGAGAUUAAAACAGAGCUGUGGAUGCUGGAGAACGCAGACUACCUCAAAGAACAGAAGGAAAAGGAGGAGCGAAUAGCGAAGGAGAAGGAGCUCGGCAUCUACAAGGAAAAGAAAGCACGGAAACCGGUGCAGAAGCGGCAGCCGAUCAACGCCAACACGGCAGACGAGGCCAUCGAGAAGAUGCUGGAGCAGAAGCGCAUCUCCUCAAAGAUUAACUAUGACGUCCUGAAGGACCUAAACAAGUCUGCCCUGAAGAGCCCAUCCGCCGAGCCCAGAGAGUCUCCGGCCAAAGGAAGCUCCAAGAGGCUGACCGCUCGCCCACGCAAACCCGUCGACCCCUCACCCAGCCUGGCCGUGCCUGCCAGCAACUUUGGCAAGAGGGGCAGUCAUGGGCUGGAGGUUAGGGACCCAGCCUUGUGA